AUGGUGUGCUUCAUUGUCUUCAAGACUUCGCUGUCCAGUCCGCUUUCCUUCCACUGGGACCACGAUAUCUAUGAGGCAUGUCCGGCCUGUGUCCGUGCCCACGAACUCAGAACAUGCGACGGCAAGACCAAAGUCACCUUUGAGAUCUGCUCUAGGCACAGAGACAUUCGCGAUGCCGGAACCAGAGUCGAAUCCACGGAAUUGUUUGACAGUGUGCUGAAGGAUAUCCGCACCCUCGUCCACCCACUGUACUCGCCGGUGCCGACAUUCCCCCUCGCCACGAGCACGAGCUCGAUCACGGCCACGUCGAGGGAAGACCUGCGCAAGAAGGUGAAGAUCACCACGGCAGCUGGGCACGACGCCGUCACGGCUCGAGGCGUCGUCACCGCAGGGGAAGCGCGUUUCACGGCGACGGCGGCGGGCAACGGGCGUCACACCUUCUCCGGCACGGGUGACACUACACCUUCGAGCAGCAGCAGCAGAAGCGGUGAGGUGGACCUGCCGUGGCCCGAGAUCACGUACGCGCAUGGCGGCGGCUGCAUCGCCUCCCCCGAGCCAGAGGUGGUGCUCAAGCCGAAGGCGGCGGUGGAGGCCAUGGACCAGUACGCGCGGGAGAGGCUGAAGAAUAUCACAGCGUUGCUGGACAACGGCGUUAGUAGCAGUCUGGGCCCCGGGCUCGACAUCGACAUCGACAUCGACGCCGACACCACAGACGCGGACGCGGAGGAUACGGAGUCUCUACUCGGCGAGAGCACCCUGACCUCCUCCAAGUGCUGCAAGGACAUGUCCUCGUGCUCGUCCUCUUCCAUGGCUUUGCUGCUGUCCAGCGAUGUUCGCGCCGCCGCCGCCCGCGAGGCGCAGGUCUUCCUCCGCGCCGAAAAGAAGCGGUUGCAGGCGUGUCUCGCCACCAGCUCCCUCGCCAAGGGGCUAUAUUUCAAGCGGUGCAAUGGGCAGUGGGUCAAUGCGGUGGAUGAUGUGCUUGUGGUCGAUGAAGGUCGUGGUCGUGGUCGCGGUAGCCAGGGCGCAGGGGAAGGUGAAGGUGAAGGAAGAUACGUAGUCUCUGGCCGCACCGGGGUUUGCAGCCUCGCGAGCGAUGACGGCGUGAACAAUCAUAGGCACAGGAAGGAGGAGGUAGAAGAAGAGAAUUGCAGGGCGGCAGUGGCCGCGGGAACAACCAAGGAUGAUCAACUUGGAAGCAGUGACACCAACAAUCCUCCUUCCCACGGCCAGGUCGAGGAUGAAGUUGGGGCAGAGUCACGGCCAUCACCACCACCGACCAGGGCCUCGACCCCGAGCAUGACGCCGAGGGACACAACAGCCACAAGCAUUUCCCCCAUCACGCCCGGAAGCCUGAAGUCAUCCAGCAGCAGCAGCAGCAGCCACGGCGGUGCCGGCACGUUGACAACGACACCUUCGUCCACGGCCGGUGUUGGGCUCGAAGAGGUCAGCCACCGAUACACGUCCGACUACGACGACGACGACAACGACGACGGCUACGGCUUCGGCUAUUGCUACGGCUAUGCCCUUCUCCGUCACGACGCUACCACGCACAGUCUCAUGAAUUUUCCAGCUUCUUCAUCCAAGUUCAUUUGGACUGGUGGUCGGGCUCCUCCUCCUCCUCCUCCUCCUCCUCCUUCUCCUGAUACCACCGAGACUCCGUCGUUUGGAUACCUCGUGCUCCAAAGUCGCGAACAGCUGGUCCGCUCGGGCCAGUGCACAGAGGAGGAUCUCUGCAUGACGAGCUGGGUGUUCAGUCGCAUGAUGACCAAACAAGCUGGAGAGAGUGCAUAG